AUGUGGAGCUACGGGGCGUGCCUAAAUACGUACUUCCUGCCAGAUCAAUUCCGCCCCGGGGCCGGGCUGUGCCGCCGCCAGGAGUCCCGACCUCUACAUGUUGUUAUGGGAAAUGAAGCUUGUGACCUCGACUCUAUGGUAUCUGCUCUCGCUCUGGCUUUUUACUUGGCAAAGACGACUGAGGCUGAGGAAGUCUUUGUACCAGUUUUAAAUAUAAAACGUUCUGAGCUACCUCUACGAGGUGACAAUGUCUUCUUUCUUGAGAAAGUUAACAUUCCAGAGUCUGUGUUGAUUUUUCGGGAUGAAAUUGACCUCCAUACACUGCACCAGGCUGGCCAGCUCAGCCUCAUCCUUGUUGACCAUCAUGUCUUACCCAAAACUGAUGCAGCCUUAGAGGAGGUCGUGACAGAGGUGCUAGACCAUCGGCCCAUCGAGCAGAAAUGCUGCCCUCCCUGCCAUGUCUCAGUUGAGCUUGUGGGUUCCUGUGCUACCCUGGUGACUGAGAGAAUCCUGCAGGGGGCACCAGAGAUCUUGGACAGACAAACGGCAGCCCUUCUGCAUGGAACUAUCAUCCUAGACUGUGUCAACAUGGACCUUAAGAUUGGAAAAGCAACCCCAAAAGACAUCAAGUAUGUGGAGAAAUUGGAGAUUCUCUUCCCAGAUCUGCCCAAAAGAAAUGAUAUCUUUGAUUCCCUGCAGAAAGCAAAGUUUGAUGUAUCAGGACUGACCACAGAGCAGAUGCUGAGAAAGGACCAGAAGACCAUUUCCAGGCAAGGCACCAAGAUGGCCAUUAGUGCAAUAUAUAUGGAUUUGGAGUCCUUUCUGCAGCGGUCUGGCCUCAUUGCUGAUCUCCAGACUUUCUGCCAGGCACACAACUAUGAUGUCCUGGUCGCCAUGCCUAUCUUUUUCAACAUGAACAAUGAGCUAGUGCGGCAGUUGGCUGUUUUCUGUCCCCAGGUGGCACUCCGAAGUACGAUCUGCAGAGUCCUGGAAUCCUCCCAGUCUCCGACCCUGAAUUUAACACCCAUCCCAAGCACCCAUCCUGACCUCCAAGCCUAUCUUCAAGGCAAUACUCAGGUCUCUCGAAAAAAACUUCUGCCUCUGCUCCAGGAAUCCUUGUCAGCAUACUUGGAUUCUGGGAAGAUCCCUGAAGGACAGCCUGAAAUAGUGGGCGUGUCCAGGGAGCCGGUGGACAAGGAAAUGAGCAGGGCAGGUAACUCCCUGAUUUCUGGAAUGAGUCAAGAUGAUGAAGACCCUCCACUACCCCCUACGCCCAUGAACAGCUUGGUGGAUGAAUGCCCCCUGGACCAGGGGCUCCCGAAGUUCUCAGCUGAGGCUGUCUUUGAGAAGUGCAGCCAGAUCUCACUGUCACGGUCAACCACUGCCUCCCAUUCAAAGAAGUAA